AUGAAUUACCAAUUACUCCAACCUUUUACUAGAGCAGAUGUGGAGAUUGCUUUAUUCAACAUGUAUCCUACGAAGGCACCAGGGCAUGAUGGAAUGCCGGCUCUUUUUUAUCAACGUUACUGGCACAUUGUAGGGGACGAGGUAUCGCACAAGUGCUUGCAGAUAUUGAAUGGAGAAAGUAGUGUCCAAGAAUUUAAUCAUACUCUAAUCUCCUUAAUUCCUAAGGUGCAGACACCUUCCAGAGUGACUAAAUUUCGACCAAUAAGUCUGUGUACAGUGAUUUACAAAAUUAUUGCAAAGGCUUUUGCAAAUAGACUCAAGUGCUUAUUGCCUUCCGUUAUCUCCGAGUCGCAAAGUGCUUUUGUACCACAACGUCAAAUUCUUGAUAAUGUGAUGGCAGCUUUUGAGACAAUGCAUUUUAUGAAAGGCUUGAAGAUGGGACAACAAACGAAGAUGGCUAUUAAACUUGAUAUGGCUAAGGCUUAUGAUCGAGUAGAGUGGUCCUUUUUGCAAGCAAUAAUGUUGAGAUUGGGAUUUGCUUCAGAGUGGGUCAAACGGAUAAUGGAUUGCUUAACAAUAGUUACCUUUUCGUGUUUUGGAAAGAAUGCUGAAAUGAUAGGGAGUUUGCGUGGGAUUCGAAUUGCUCAUGGAGCUCCAUUAGUCAAUCAUUUAUUUUUUGCCGACGAUAGUAUUCUCUUUCUUGAUGCAACUAAAGAAUCAUGUGAAACAGUGAAGGAUAUAUUUCAAGUGUAUGAGGAGACUUCUGGGCAAAAGAUCAAUCUUACAAAGUCGCCUUUCAAUUUGAGCCCAAAUGCUACUGCUGUUGAAAAACAAAUAGUUUUGGAUUUACUGGAAAUUCCGUUGGUGUCUUGCCAUGAAAAAUAUUUAGGUUUGCCUAUGGUGACAGGUAGAGGAAGAAAGCAGAUUUUCGGGACUGUCAAAGAUCGAAUCGGAAAACGAAUUAGUGGGUGGAAGGAAAAGCUCCUAUCUAGAGCUGGUAAAGAGGUCCUGAUUAAAGCUGUGUUACAGGCUAUGCCCACCUACUCGAUGAGCUGCUUUCGGAUGCCUAAGGGGAUGUGUAAGGAACUUCAUGGCUUAAUGGCUAAAUUUUGGUGGUCUAAAAGUAAGAAUAUGCGGGGUAUUCCUUGGACUAAAUGGGAGACAUUAUGUGUGAGCAAGCAGAUUGGAGGAUUGGGAUUUAGAGACCUUGAGGCUUUUAAUCAAGCUCUUCUGGCAAAACAAAGUUGGAGAUUAUUCUUUAAUUGCAAUUCCUUGGCAGCGAGAAUUUUCAAGGCCCGAUAUUUUCCGCAUUGUAAUUUUUUAGAAGCUGGAUUGGGGUAUCGACCCUCACGUAUUUGGAGUUCGUUGAUAUGGGAGAAGGAUUUGUUGAAGGCGGGUUUGCGGUGGAGAGUUGGAAAUGGUGAAGAUAUAUAUGUUUAUCAAGAUCGGUGGGUGCUUUUACCAAUGAAUUUCAAGAUUAUCUCAACGCCACAAUUCGAUGUUUCUAUGAAAGUAUGUGAGUUGUUUAAUGCAGCUGGACAAUGGGAUGAAGAACUAUUAAAAGCUAAUUUUUGGGAACAAGAAGUGAAGGCUAUCCUCCAAAUUCCACUGGCUUCAAAUCAUAGAGAGGAUAAUUAA